UUAUGGAGUAAGAACUGCACCGGUUUCAAGGCUCCCCGAGAGAGGCUGAAUGGUAUGAAGUGGCGGUGAGAAUUUUUGCGGGGAGGUUUCCAGGCCCCCCCGGGCCUUACGUAUGUUUGCAGAUGUCGAAGUGCCUGCACACUCCCUACUUGAAUCGGGUUGGAUGCACUCCAAAAGAUGAACAAACAAAACCAGCGCUCCAAUCCUCAUGCAAACUGGAAAAAUGUCAGGAUGCCAAACGAAGAGGUGCUGCCCUUCAAAGAUCGGGAAAUCUGACCACUGAUAAAAAAGAACAGACAAGGGCACACUCUCAU